AUGGACUGCAUCGUAUGGGCCCAAAAGAUGGUUGCUACAAACUCCACUACCGCACAGACUGGAAGGACCUUAGGAGAGCGUGAGGAUGGUUUAGAAAGUGAGCACAUUCAGAGAAUUUUGUCCGUUUCCCUACUGGACGACCACACCCCCGAGUGCAACACGGAAGCCGGUGAAAUCUCACUCACGGAUGAAGAGGAGAGUGAAGCCGAAAGCGACAGUUCCGAUGAAAAUGAAGAUAACAACCACAUAGACAAGCUUCGCCAUGAGUUCGAAAAGGCGGUGCCGGGUGGGUUUUGGCACAGACAGCUGAGCAUGCUCCUGAGAAACGCUCAAACACAGCACAAAGCCAUCCAAGAACGUCAAAUCGCCGGACGUCAACGAUAUCUAGUAAAUUUAGGAGUGACCAGCAAAUCGCAGGCAGAUCGACUGAUUACGCAUCCCGACGAGCCACUACCAACCGACCUCGCUCGCAGAGAACAACAGGCCUUGAAUGAUAGGGCAGAACGUCUCGAAAAGCAAAGGGAAAGAGAUGAGCAGGAGAAAGUAAAAAAAGCAUUCUCUAAUCCGUGGCUGUUAGAAAUAGAAAAAGAAAUGGCCGAGAACAAUAUGCGUUUAGAGAGAGGCACAGACCCCGACAUGAGUGCAACGCUGACGAGUCUUUUGGAGAUUGACUAUGAGAAACUCCACGUAUUUCACGAAAAACAAGGCACCCUUCGCCUGCAGAUGGCUGUGGAAAAGAGGAAGGAAAUCUGUGUGAAACGUGGAUUAGUAGAUCCUAGGUACGCGAGUUCCGUUAGAGAUGUGUACUCACCUUUACCGGUUAUCGUCGAAGGUAGCAACCAAAACAUGUCCAGACCAACGCCUUUAAACGACGAUGGUAAUACGCCUGAGGACACGCACCAGACGAUGUUUACUCCACCUACGAGCCAGGAGGCCGUGGAAUCGGAGAGCGAGGACAUGUUCAUUACACUGAAGACACCUUGUUACGAACCCUCAUUUGAUGAAAGCAUUUGCACAGGCUCUUCACCAUUACUAAGGCGAGUACCCUCACCUGACAACAGACCUUCAAAGUGAGCUAGACUCUCGAGAAGCCAAACAACCGAGGGACAGAAGCGGGUGACUAGCUUUUUCAGUUCGCAGAAACAUGUAAAAAAGUAG